GCCACUUUACUGCUGCCUCAAGCCGCUUCAGAUCACAACUGAUUCCCAGUGUUGUCUUGGAGCGCACGCGGCGAGACGCACUCUGAGAGGGGCUUGCAACACCAGCCAUGUUGGAUCCUGUAAACUCAGGCGGAGAUCUCUUCCGCUUGUUGCCUUUGGAGGCCUAUUUCGGAGUACUCUCAUUCUUUCCAGUUCAGUGGCUUCAAUCAGCCGCCCAGGUUUCGGCUGGAAGUACGUUGAGAUACGUUGAGCGCCGCACCACCGAGUAUGAUGCUUCUGUGACUUGCAACAGCAGCGAAUUCAAGGGGUUUUGUGACGCAGUUACCGGACUGUCCAGAUUGGUGACAGCAAUUUCGCUGAGAUCUUGGAGUUCGAUCCGUCCAGCGCAUCUCAUGCGUGACAUGGAGAUGUAAGUGGUUCUAUCUAUAUCACUCAGUGUUUCUGCGCAGAACCUUCCCAAGCAGCGCUUCAAACUUGACUUGAACUUCAAUAGCCAUGGUGUCACAGAGAGAUAUUUGACGGUUUCACUUCCUGCCUUGACAUGCUUGGGAUUUUGCGAUUCGAUCGACUUGUCGACAUCAGUGACGAAUGAUUGGUGGGAAAUGGGACAAUUUCAAGGUUUGCUAUGUGAGAUAUGUAUAGAUAUGUUGGAGUUGGGGGAAGUUUGAUGCCAGAGUUCCUCUUUCUAGCAGGCAUUUACAAUGUAUAUAUUAUAUAGUGUUGACAUAUGUAGACAUAAGAUCUGCACAGUGCAGCCAGUGCUUGGGGGCCAAUGUUGCUGCCCACUACGGCCAAGGUUUACAACCAAAACCGACUGAUGGUGAGUCGGUUGAGUGACCUUGUCAUCCAUGCUGUUGCUCCAACGUGGAUAGGUUCCCAGCCACUUUUGCGUGGCAAAUGGGUUUCCUUCACCAUAUGGCUGUGCACAAAAA